CAGAAAGAAGGUGAAAUAAGGUGAAAAUGAUAGAAAAUGAAAAAGAUUGUCCCGAUUGUGUCCAAACUCAUAAACAAAAUAAUUCAUCGGGAGAAUAUUUUGAAGAUAGCAAAAGGAUUUAAGUGGAGAGAGAUAUUUGGUAUUGGUAAAGAUUCGCGGGCAUUUUUGAAUCUCAAAACAAACCCUCCAUUUCUAAGCGGAGAGAUUGUUCUAGUGGUCGAAAGUCGAUUUGGUGGAUCUUCUAGUCUUCUCAGAUUGGCUCCGGGUGUUAAAGCAAAGCUUAAGUCUAGACAUGGAAAGAAAAUUACAUUUGAUCAUGAGAUUAUUAUUGGAAGAGAAGAGAAUGGAAAAGUAAUCGACGUGGAAGACUUACCAUUUAGAGUAAAAAGACCCUCCCUGGAACAAUAUGUUUUACAUAUGAAAAGAGUUGCUACACCAUCAUACCCUAAAGAUAUCCAAGCUAUGAUAUCAAUGGCUGAAAUUGGACAAGGAAGUGUUGUGCUAGAAUCUGGUACAGGAUCAGGAGCAAUGACUUUGUUUCUUUCUAGAGCAGUUGGAAAAGAAGGACAUGUUCAUAGCUUUGACAACAAUACUAAGCAUAUGAAAAAUGGCAAAGAAAACUUUUUUAGUUGGAUAAACUCUUGGAACAAAACAAAGUCUGUCCAAUGGCCAGAAAAUGUGACUUUCCAUGAAUGCAGCGUCAAAAAAUGUACAGAAAAAAUUCCUAAAACUUGUGAAUUGGAUGCUGCUCUUCUAGACUUGCAGUCUCCUGAAUACAACUUGGAAUAUAUAUUGCCAGCUGUYAAACAUGAAGGCCCAAUAGUCAUAUUUCUUCCAAGCAUUACACAAGUUGUGGAUGUCAUAAGUUCUUGUUAUGAAAAAGACCUUCCAUUUUAUGUUGACAACAUUAUUGAGGUAACCCAUCGAUUGUGGAAAGUACAGCAAGUGUUUCCAGUGAACAAUACUGAUCCUGAAGUGGAUGGUAAGACUUCUAGUGAGGAGAUAUCUUAUGAUGUAAAAUCCUCAGUCAAGUAUUCAGCAAAGCCAUCAUUUCAGCAAUUGCCGCAUACAGGGUUUAUCAUAAAGUUGCUACACAGGAAAAGAAAUCUUGAAAGGAGCAUACAAAAUGGAGAUUGAAAAUAUUCAAUUAAAACUACAGACAAGUAUAUAAAAAACUUUCUAUUUUUAUUGAUAGUAUUUAUAUGGAUGUCGUCAUAAAUAAUUACUUUAAUAUAAAUAGAUCUUAUGUACAUGACCAAAUUUCUGUAGUACAGUAUACAGGGGCCUGUAUGCAAAAACAAAAUUGCCAUAAGAUAUUAAACCCAUUAAGAAAUUUAGGGCAUAAAAUGUUUGUAAUAAAAAUAAACAUUCUAUCAAAUUGCAGACUCUUUUGGUCUAGUCAAAGCUUGAUAGAACACAAAUUCACAUGCCCCACAUUUGUUGUUUUCUUUAUUUUAUAAUUGAAACUCAUACUUCAUAAUUGACAUCAAACUUUUUGAAAUAAAUCCUUUGUUUUA